AUGCAAAAGCGUUUGAAGAGUGCUGCAGAGCUUAAACGGAUACAGGCUCUCAAGGCAUUGUUCAAAAAAGUGGUUCGCAUGGUGAGCUUUAAUGACCCGUGGAGAGAAAGCGAUUACGGCCCCAGGAUUUCUACAAACCUUCCGAGAAAUGUAUCAAAUCGAGUUCGGACCAAGCGCAAAUCGGGUUUUCUCACAGCAGCGGACAAAUCCUUAAUUCGAACACCGCACGCAAUUCGUACAAUUCCGGAGAGAAUGAAGUUGUGUAAGAUGUUUGCUAAGUUUAGAUGCCUGGUUCGAUUUACUCCAAAAAUCCGCGCUCGCUUGGUUCCUGUGGUCCGCUUUAUGCCCCUUGAUGCUGGCCGCAAAAUCAUAAGACAAUCGGAUACUCCAAUAACAGUGUUUUUCAUAUUAACAGGGGAGGUACACAUGUAUCGAGACGAAGUUGGCCAGGAGGGAGAUAAGGUAAUUCAGGGCAUUUUGGGGCCAGGCGACAUGAUGGGGGAUGUGGAGCUACUGGAAGGUAUCAAGCGAACUCAUACCUUUAAAACAGCAUCCUACUGCGAACUGCUGGUGCUAUUCGACUAUGACUUUGCGCCGAUUCUCGGGCCCUACAUGACGAAGAUUUGGGACGAGAAGAAGCGGGCCCUCAAGGCGCUGGACUACUUUGAUUUCCUCGACAAUGACCAGAUCGUGGAAGCCUGCCGAUUCGGGAAGCUAAAACAAUUUGAUCCCCUGGAAACCAUAUUCUGUGACGAUAUAGGAUCUAUGACAAAUGUGCACUUUGUGCUCAGUGGAGAGUGUCUGAUACUCCAGUGCCUUAAUAUGAAGGUUAGUCUAAAAAAAGGAAAGAAGUUCUUAGAGCUUAUGCCAACGUCCGCAGGAGAAGUGUCACAAAUGUUCAGGAAAGGGGUCAGAUCCACCUUUUCCACGCAAACUAAACUGAACUCAGUGGCUGUCUCAAAAGUAGAUCUUGAUCUGGUAGAAAGCUCCAGUAGCAGUUCCAAGGAAAAUGGACCGUUUAAUACACACAGCCGGACGAUGCGCAAAAUGCGAUUACAAGAUAUAGCAAAGUCAUGCGGCCUAAUAAAAUCGAUGCAUACGCCCAAACCGCGUUACACAUGGCGCCGAUCGACCCAUCAAAAAUCAAUAAUUUCCGCAUCCUCUGAUGCCGCUAAUGAUUUUAUCGAUGAAGAUAUGUAUGAGGAUUUUUGGGAAAUGUACGAGGAUGAAGAUGAGAUCGAAUCAAGUUCAUCUACUUCGGACAAUUUGGACCAAGUUCUCACGCAGGCUUUUCGAACUGCUCCUGCUUUUGAUAGUUUUGUUGGAAGUGCUUCCGAUGAAAGAGAGGUUUUUUCCUCAUCCUUCUCUAGUUUUAGCUCAAGCAGUGAAGAAUCGUCCGCACCUGCUUUCGAAAGCCAUUUCAUCGAUGUGGGUACCAUCACUUUUGGAGGAAUUUUCGGAUUGGGCGAGAAAAUGGAGCACCGAGUGGUUAUGGCCAGGUCCACGGUUCAGUGUCUAAUCCUUCCCAGAUUUUUCCUGCUGGAGAAGAAACAAAAUCCGGGAAAUAUUUGGGAGCGCAGGCUUUUAUAUAUGGAGUGCAUGAUUCCAUCGAGGGAAGCCUUAUUCGCUCACUAUCUCAAAUCUUGUGAAUGGAAAAAAUUCAAAAACGAUUUUAUUCGCGAAACUUUGAAGCCAUCCGAUAAUGACUGUACACACGUUGACGAUAUUCCAAUAAUUUGUAAAAUAGUGGAGUCAUCGGAAGACGUUAAUUAAUUUUGGAAAAUAGCCUCAAGGUCACUUUUACAUAGUUCAGGUAGGCCAAAGGCAUUUUAAAGGAUAUUUUUGGUCUAACUUAAAAAUGUAUAAGCGACCUUGAGGUAUUUAAAUGUAAACUGUAUUCUGAUUCUAAUACAUCCAAUAAAUUGGGUUUUACCGUCA